AUGCAGGAUUCUGGAAACUUUAUAAUUACUCAAUCUACACUGGCAGGAGAAUCUACCAAAAAUUUUAACAAAAUUUCCUUAAUAGGAAUAAUCACCACAUAAUAAAAAUAUCCUCAAUAUGUGAAUUUCUCAUCUAUUUUACCUAUAAGUAUUAAAGAGUUGAAUAAAUAUAUGAUUUGCUUAUGUGAAUGUAAUAAUUUUAGUUAAUUUUAGAAAUUAUUGAAAUAAAAAGAAGAAACAUAAAUAUAGAAUUAAUAAGUUUGAAGACUUUAAAUAUAUUUCCUCCAUCAUAAGAAUGCUGUUACUAUUUUUUUUUUAAAGAAUCAGAUGAAAGUUAAAAUUUUUUUGAAUAAAUCUUAAAAUUAUGUAUUUUCUAUUAAUAUUUUAGUGAAUUAAUUUGGCUAUAAUGACAGUAUUUUUAGUAAAGCAAAGGAUAUAUAAGAUAUCGUAUACAUUCUAUUUCGACUUUACGAUGAUUAAUUGAACGAUAAACCCAAUUCUGAAAUCAAAAGAAUUUUUUAAAAUGUUGAUAAUUGCAGAGGAUUUGGAUCUGAAUUAUUAAAUAUAGAUGUUUUAGAAUCUAAAGAAAAAAGAAAUGUUCUAUAUCAAAGUAAUGAUAUGUAAUCUUCAGUUUUUUAAAUAUCAAAACCAGACUUUAUAAAUUGUGAGGAUGAAAGUAUUGUUAUAAAAAUUGCAUAAAAAAAAGAAUAGUAGCAUUAGAGGGAAAUUGAAAUUUUAGAGAGUUUUUGUGAAGAUAUUCACUAUAAAUAUUAUGGUUAUUUUAGAUUCGAAAUAUUAACGAUGACAUUUUUCAAAUUUUACAAACAAACUUUUAGUUAAUUUUAAUAGAGAAUUAGAUAAUUUAUAUCUGAAAAUCCAAAUGAUAACAAACUAAUCUAAUAAGUCAUAAAAAGAGCAUAUAUAAGUAUAAUCUAACAAUUAAAUUUAAUCCACAAAAAACAUUAAAUAAUACAUAGAGAUCUUAAACCACAAAAUAUUAUGAUAGACUCAGCCUAAGACUUAAAAUAACUGGAAGAUUAUCUAGAAAUUAAAUGUGUGAUAAUAGAUUUUGAUUGUUCAAUAUAAAUGGAUGGAAAUGAAUUUUAUUAAAGUUAAAGUUAUGGAGGAGGAACAUCACAUUAUGUUCCUCCAGAAUCAUGUUAUUCUGGAUCAUCGAAAUAUACUGAAUCAUAUGAUAUAUAUCAGGUAGGAGUAAUAUUUUUGGAAACAAUAUUUUAAAUUGAUGAUAAAAUUUUUAAAGAAGGUUUUUGGAACCAUAUAAAUAAAUUUUAAAAAGCAAAAUCUUUUUUGAAUCUUAGUGAUAACCUUUUAUAUAUUUUGACUUUAAUGAUUUCUUAAGAUCCUAUUGAGAGACCAAGCUUAAAAUACAUUUUAUAAGCUUUAUAAAUAGAAUUAUGA